AUGCCGCCUCUGGGUCUGGGAUAUCCAAAGACCAAAGUUGCCAAAUCCAAACAAGAGACGGAAAGUCAAACCGACCUAGUUUGCCUUAUAUACGUAUCUGCGACACGACAGACCUUUAUCACUUGUUAUUACUAUUUUUUUUUCUCCCCCAUCAUUCGUUUGAUUGAGAAACUUGAUUUAUAUUUUGGAGAAUGGGAGUUCCGGCCUUUUAUCGGUGGUUGGCGGAGAAGUAUCCCGGUAAUAGUUGUGGAUGUAAUAGAGGAAGAGCCAGUUGUUAUCGACAACGUGAAAAUUCCGGUUGAUUGUAGUAAACCCAAUGCGAACAAGCUCGAAUAUGAUAACCUCUACCUCGACAUGAACGGGAUAAUUCGUCCUUGUUUUCACCCUGAAGAUCGACCUUCUCCAACCAGCUUUGACGAGGACGGCGUUGCUCCGAGGGCCAAGAUGAACCAGCAGCGCUCCAGGCGUUUCAGGGCUGCUAAAGACGCAGCUGAUGAGAAAGCCCAAGAGGAAAAAUUGAGGGAAGAAUUUGAGAAAGAAGGGCGGAAACUUCCCCCGAAACAGGAAUCCCAGACGUUCGAUUCCAACGUUAUUACACCAGGACCGCCGUUCAUGGCCGCUUUGGUUGCGGCCCUAAAUUAUUACAUCCAUCUCAGGUUGAACAAUGACCCGGGUUGGAAAGAUAUAAAGGUCAUUCUUUCUGAUGCGAAUGUGCCUGGAGAAGGGGAGCACAAGAUCAUGUCGUAUAUUCGUCUCCAGAGAAAUCUCCCGGGAUACGAUCCAAACACUCGGCAUUGUCUAUACGGUUUGGAUGCAGAUCUGAUUAUGCUGGCAUUAGCAACUCAUGAAGUUCAUGUUUCUAUCCUAAGAGAAGUGUACGAGAAAAGCGAAGCUGAAAUUACGCCAAAAAAACCUUAUCAGUUCCUCCAUGUCUGGAUUCUUCGAGAAUACCUGGAGUAUGAGAUGAGGAUCCCGAAUCCUCCUUUUAAGAUUGACCUUGAGCGAAUUGUAGACAAUUUCGUUUUCAUGUGCUUCUUUGUUGGCAAUGACUUUCUGCCGCAUAUGCCGACUCUUGAGAUUCGGGAGGGAGCUAUUAACUUGCUUCUAGCUGUCUACAGGAAAGAAUUUAAAGCGUUGGGUGGGUAUUUGACAGAGUCAGCUAAGCUGCACCAGAAGCAAGCCGAAAGAAUUAAGCACGGUAAGGCUCAAGUUAAAAGAGGAGAUGAUUCUGCACCUCAAGUUAGCCCGGCAUCUCUUGUCCCUGUUGCUCGAUUCCAUGGUUCUCGUCUUGCUUCCGGUCCUUCUCCAUCAACUUAUCAAGGGCCAGGAACUAAUGAUGGCAGACAAAUUUACCACCGUGCCCAAAAAGUGGCUUGUCCAGCUUUAGGGGCAGCAAUUGUUCAAGCUGAGAAAGAUCUUGAAACAGAAGCACGAGAAAACAAAGAAGCAAUGAAAGCAAGAUUGAAGGAACUAUAA